UUUCUCAAAACACACCUUCAUCGUGAUUUGAGAGUUGGAUCUUCGUCGCCGUGAACAUUUGCAGCCGGUUCUCUUCUCUCAUCUUCGAGUUCAUGGGUUACCCCUAGUAGAUGAUUAACUAGGUAUCUACAAAUGAUAUAAUCAAGUUCAAGUUUGUUUCUUCUCUCUCUUCCUCUCUCUGUCUGUUUCUCUUUUAGAUUUUUGGGUUUUAGAAACAAAUUGACUAUUUUUGAUAUUUGGGUUUUGAUUUUUUCUGGGUUUUGAUUUUUUUCUGGGUGUUUGUGGUAUCUAUGUGGCUUGUUCUCUUGAUUUGGAGAUUUGAAUGACUUAGAUUAUAAUAGGAAACUAGAUUGCUUGCUCUAUGACUUGUCUGUGAUUUUUUCAUCUUAUAGUUUUAUUUGUUUUGUCUGUGAUUUUUUCAUGAUCAACAUAAAUUAUUUGCUUGAAUGAAUUUGAGUGAGAGAGAAGAGAAGCUUAGUUUGUCUUUGUUACUCUCUUUCACGUGUGCAGUCUGUGUUUAGUGUUGCUAUUGACUUCAAUCAGCUUGAACAUCUGAAUCUACUUGUAGUCAGCGAUCAUUGGUCGAAGUUGCUUGUCAUGUUACUCAAAUAUUCAUUCUAAGAAGAGUGUGGAGCAUCGUCGUAUACAAGAGUGUGGAGUAUCGCUGACUACAAAUAUUCAUUGUUGUCAUUGUGGGUUUGUGUUUUGUGUGAGUGAAUCUGAAGAAAAACACAAGACAUAUUUGAUGUACUUCCUGUUUAGUUUUAAUGUAUGAACUCACUUACAUAAGUUAAUCAUUUAACCAUUUAACUUAUAGGAUUAAAUGAGUUCAUAGGUUAACCCAACUCAUUUAUCAACCUAUGAACUCAUUUAAUCUAAACUCAUUAGGUAAUGAGUUGAACUGAGUUGAGUUAAUCAAUUUGACAUCUCUACUCAACAUAUUGAACCGAUAUAUGGCUUUUUUAUUUAAUUUUAGGAUCCAAUUUUAAAACUCAUUUUAAAGAUGUUCUAAGGAUUGUAUUGAUUAAAAGAGAUUAUUUUUAGUUAAAUGAGCUAAAAUUUUAUUAUGAUCGUAGCUUUAUUUAGCUUAAACUCUAAGGAUCGAGGGUGUGUCAAGCUGUGAUUGGUUUUUUUUGGGUUGGUUCCCCGUGACUCUCUCGUCACUCUCGUCUCUCUCAGUAUUGUGAAUGAACGGCAAAAAGGCCGGAGACCGACGAAUUUACCCGGAGAAACCGUGGGAAACUCGUCUUCCACCGGCUUUAUCAUCAUCUCCACCGAGGAUGGCACCUUCGGCGAGUUCGGUUCAUCAAAUCGGAAGCAUAUUGGUUCACCAAAUUGGAGAUUCAAGUGGCCACAUCUCCGAUUGUUUGGUUCAAUGAUGCUUUAAUAUGUUUAUCUUGAGUGAUCCGAUGACUGUCAUGUAUCUGAGGAAAAAGGAUGGGAAGCUUGAGGAAAUUGGCCGUACUGAAGUCAUACUUAACAGCUUAAAUCCAAGUUGGAUUGAGAAAAUUACAGUCUCUUUUCAGUUUGAAGUUGUUCAGACAUUAGUUUUUCACGUGUAUGAUGUUGAUACCAGAAAUCAUAAAGUGCCUGUGAAGACAUUAAAGCUCAAGGACCAGGAGUUCUUAGGAGAAGCCACCUGUGUUCUGUCUGAGGCUAUUAUGGAAGUAGGAGAGGUCAUCCAGUUUUAUGAUUCGGAUAAGCGAUUUCCUGCUUGGAGAUUUGGAGGAAGAACAUCGGAUGGUUCUGUGUCCCAUGCUUUUAACUUGAAUGAAGCUUCAUACGGCGACGAGGUUGUUUGAGUUGAAGGAAUCAUGGCAGCUUAUGGGAGUGCUCUUUGCAAUGUUGCUCUAGCGGGACCAACUCUAUUCAGCCAUGUGGUCGACUAGGCUGCUAAUAUUGCUUCACAGUCACUCUCACAAAACAGUCCCAAGUACUAUGUUCUGCUCAUCAUUAAGGUAAAACUCAGUGACAUAAUGACUCGCCUAAAUCAGAUAGAAUGUGCAUCUGUUACUAGUGAAUCUAUUGUUAGCUUCAAUGCCAAAAUGUUCUUGUAAUCUGUUUUUAAUAUGCUUUUAUGUAAUAUUUGUUUAAACUUUUAU